AGUCUCGUUUUGGUUAGUCAUAAUGGCGUCGCAGUUCCUGUUGAGUUGAUUUGGGGAGAUUUUUACCGCCUUUGUUUUCACUGAAAUAACGCUUCUUGCUUGUUUUUUUUCCAGUCGAUAAUCUAUGGUAAAGAAAUUAUUACCUAAAAUUAUAAAACUAUAAGUUGUUUAUAUGAGUUGACUGCGCUUUUAAUUAAUUCGGUAAAGGGGCGGUUUGUUGUUAUUAUAUUCCUAAUUUAAGAAUAAAUAUUCAAUUUAUUUGAAAAGAAAAUAAUUACUUAAAGAUUCUUAAAAUCUUAAAGACUAUAUUCAAUUAAUGUGGACAAACAAACGGUUUCAUUUUCGCGUGACUCGUGACUGAUUGGUUUAUAUUUAAAUUUAUUUAUUAAUUGAUUCAUCAUACUAUGCGGCUUAUACAUUUGAAACAUUUUUCAGCACCAAUCGAUAGGAUGCCUGCAGUAAAAGGUGAUGGAAUGCGUGGCUUGGCCGUCUUUAUUUCUGAUAUUAGAAAUUGCAAAAGUAGAGAGGCUGAAGUAAAAAGAAUUAACAAGGAAUUAGCUAAUAUCAGAUCCAAGUUCAAGGGAGAUAAAACUUUGGAUGGCUAUCAAAAGAAGAAAUAUGUAUGUAAGCUGUUAUUUAUAUUUCUUUUGGGUCACGAUAUUGACUUUGGACAUAUGGAGGCGGUGAAUCUACUUAGCUCGAACAAGUAUACUGAGAAGCAAAUAGGAUAUUUAUUCAUAUCAGUUUUAGUAAGUGAGAGUAACGAACUUAUGAAAUUGGUUAUACAAUCAAUAAAGAAUGACCUGUCUUCUCGUAACCCAAUUCACGUUAAUUUGGCUUUACAAUGUAUUGCCAACAUUGGAAGUGCCGAAAUGGCCGAAGAACUCGGUCAAGUUAUCCCAAAACUACUAGUUUCGGGAGAAACAAUUGAUUCCGUUAAGCAAUCAUCGGCUUUAUGCCUGCUGAGAUUAAUUCGUAAUGCACCUGAAGUUAUUAAAAUGCAAGAAUGGUCAUCUAGAAUAAUUCAUUUAUUAAAUGAUCAACAUUUGGGGGUGGUGACUGCUGCCGUUUCCUUAAUUGAUACGCUUGUAAAGAGAAAUCCAGAAGAGUACAAAGGAUGCGUAACAUUGGCUGUUUCCAGAUUGUCUAGAAUUGUUACGUCUUCGUAUACUGAUUUACAAGACUAUACUUAUUACUUUGUACCCGCUCCAUGGCUGUCCGUUAAGUUAUUACGACUUCUGCAAAAUUAUCCUCCAUCUGAUGAUCCUGGAGUGAAGACUCGACUACCAGAAUGCUUGGAGACGAUAUUGAACAAAGCGCAAGAGCCUCCAAAAUCGAAGAAAGUACAACAUUCCAACGCAAAGAAUGCUGUUUUAUUUGAAGCUAUUAACCUUAUCAUCCAUAUGGAUUGCGAUCCUACUUUGCUUGUUAGAGCUUGUAAUCAAUUAGGACAGUUUCUUCAGCACAGAGAAACUAAUCUGAGAUAUUUAGCUUUAGAAAGUAUGUGUCUUUUGGCAACAUCUGAAUUUUCCCAUGACGCUGUUAAGAAGCACCAAGAGACGGUAAUUCAGGCCCUAAAAACUGAGAGAGAUGUAAGCGUAAGACAAAGAGCUGUUGAUUUAUUGUACGCUAUGUGCGAUCGAAGUAAUGCCUCUGAUAUUGUUUCUGAGAUGCUGACGUAUUUGGAAACGGCCGAUUAUUCUAUCAGGGAAGAGAUGGUGCUUAAAGUUGCCAUUUUAGCCGAAAAGUACGCCGUAGAUUAUACUUGGUACGUUGACACAAUCCUGAAUUUAAUUAGAGUAGCCGGUGACUACGUUAGCGAAGAAGUGUGGUAUAGAGUCAUACAUAUUGUUAUUAAUCGGGACGACGUUCAAGGGUAUGCUGCCAAAACUGUUUUUGAAGCCCUACAGGCGCCUGCAUGCCACGAAAAUAUGGUCAAAGUCGGUGGUUAUAUUCUUGGAGAGUUUGGCAAUCUUAUUGCUGGAGAUCCACGCUCUAGCCCUCUUAUACAAUUUAAAUUGCUGCAUUCGAAAUUUCAUUUAUGCAAUGUUCAAACCAGAGGGCUUCUUUUAUCAGCCUAUAUCAAAUUUGUUAACCUCUUUCCUGAAAUUAAAGUUCACGUACAAGAAGUUUUAAGCAAUGAGAAUCAAAUCCGUAACGCGGAUGUCGAAUUGCAGCAACGCGCCAUAGAAUAUCUUCAAUUGUCUACCAUUGCAUCUGCUGAUGUGUUGGCCACUGUUCUAGAAGAAAUGCCUCCAUUCCCCGAACGUCAAAGUUCAAUAUUGGCAAAAUUGAAAAAGAAACGUCCAGCCACUAAAGAUGCACCAGUUACAUAUAAGCAGACACCCGCAUCUCAAGCAAUCACAGAUUUAGUUGAUCCAUCGAUUCCCCAAAUAAAAACCGUCGAACCACUCCCGACACAAUCUACUGGAAAUUCUCUGCUCGUCGACCUAGCCUUAGGAGGAGAUUCGCUUACAGAAACUAACAAUCAUAAUAACCUAACAAGUUCGAGUUCCAACUCUCAAGAAUCGCAAGAUAAUUUCAAUGCUUUUUAUACUAAAAAUAAUGGAGUUCUCUUUGAAAAUGAGCUGAUACAAGUGGGCGUUAGGUCGGAAUUUCGUCAGAAUUUGGGAAGAGUUUGUUUAUUUUUGGGAAACAAGUCUAACUAUCCAAUGACUAACUUGACAACAGAAAUAACAAAUGCGUCUGAAUUAUCAAGUCAAUUAAUGAUCGACGUAAAGCCAAUUGAAUCGGAAUUGCCUGGCGGAGCUCAGAAACAACUUCAGAUAAAUACCGAAUGUAUAACAGUUUUUGAAGCCAAUCCUCAACUGUUGCUUACGUAUAAGUAUAAGGGUGGAGGAACUUGGGAAACAGAUCAGCGUUUAUCUAUUCGUGUUCCAGUAAUGUUAAGUAAAUUUGUUGAAGGUGUAGCGAUGAAUUCGAAGACAUUCUUCCAAAGAUGGAAGGCACUUGGCCAACCUCAACAGGAGAAUCAGAGUAUCUUUAAAGCUAAGUUUUCCGUGGCGAAAGAAAAUGUAAAAGCUCGCCUGAUGGGUUUUGGUUUUUCAUUUUUGGAAGGCGUCGAUCCGAAUGAAAGUAAUUGCGUUGGAGCCGGUAUAGUGGCUACUCGACAACAACAGAUAGGUGUCUUAAUGAGAUUGGAAUUGAGUAAACAGGUUGGUUGA